AUGCCUGCCCGAAUAACAAGAAAAUACACACAUGAAGAAGUCUCCAAACACAACAUUCCUAACGACCUUUGGCUCAUCCAUAGCAACAAAGUAUAUGACUUGACUGAGUUUGCGGCCGACCACCCUGGCGGUGAACAUUUAAUACAACGUUGGGGCGGAAAAGACGUGACGGACGUAAUGACUGACUUGUCGUCACAUGCACACUCUGAAAUGGCAUACGAAGUACUAGCAGAGCUGUGUAUAGGCGAAGUGGCGGACAGUACGCAUGAAGAAGAGGAAAGAGAGAGCGAGUUGAAAGAAGAGGAUACAGAAAAAACCGAAGAGAAAAUUGAUAACGAAAUCAAUCUUACUCAUCAGAACGAUAUCUCUAAUCCGGUUAACGAAAGCGAGAUCAGAAUACGCCAUACUAAUGGACGUACGGAGGAGAAUAUCCAUAACGUAGCAUCAAACAUCAAAACCGAAUAUGACGGAGGCGCUAUUCACGAUAUCAUCGCACUUGAAGCAUCUGCGAUUUCUCCAAGUAGAGAAAUACAAGCAAACGGCCUUUCGGGUACUAAUACUAGUACUUCCUACAGGAUCUCGCAGUACUCAACUCCAAACCAAGAAUCUUUAACCCUUCACCGCUCAUCGGUUUCUCCGGACUUUCAAACCCCAUCAACCGGUAUCUCAUUCGGCUCUCCCAUGCCAUCUUCCACGCUCAAUUCAGCUAAUUUGUCCCGCAAUUCUCUAGUAUCACCCCGUCCAACCUCUCCCGUCCCUUUCUUUGAUUUCUCUGCCCCGCUGGUCCCACAACUCCUCUCGUCUUCCAUAACAAAGUCACAGUACCUUUCUCUCCUCAGAAACCCUACAUGUCUUCCCUUUCCGAUACGUUUGUUCCGCAACCCAUACCUGGAAUUCCUCUCUACUGCUCCGUGGUAUAUCGUUUUAUUGAUCUGGGUUCCGUGGAUGGUGUACCAUUAUAAGCUAGCCAGAGAUGGACUAGGGAGUUUAGUGUUGGUUACAGUAUUGGUUGGAGUAUAUGCGUGGAUCAUCGUGGAAAGGAAUGCAUAUAAAGCGUUCGAGUGGUGGGAGAAGGAGAGAAAGGAAGAGGAUCUGUUGGCAAUGGUAUGCCAUUUUGCGGCAAAAGGAGUACAUUCGUUGGUUCCAACGGACAAAAACCACCUCGUAACGCCGCCUAUCCUCAGUGCCAUUUUCUUCCAACCUUUUCUUCGCCUGGCUUACAUUUUCCUUCCGCAUUCCAUUGCCCAUGGGCUUAUUUCUGGAAUGAUGCUCGGCUACAUAACGCACGAACUUCUCCAUUACUACUUUCAUCAUGCCACCGUAGAGAAUGACCGUUUGAAGCUAAUGAAAACCGAGCAUUUUGAGUGUCAUCAUGGAAAGAAUAAGAAGACAUAUUACGGGAUUUUAGGAGGUAUCUUUUAA